CUUUGUCGCGGUCCACGCUCUAGCGCGUUUACGUUAAAUACGCCCAGCAACCAGUUUACAUCUACUCUCAUUGACAUUUCUCUUCCAUCUUUGCACUCGACAACCACGGCCACUUCUACAUUAUCCUGCCUCGAUACCAUUGCUUCUGUGUUCUCUCAUUGCACCUAUCUCAUCAUUGAAUCAUGACGACUCAAGUCACGCCGUCGAAACAGGCGGCUGCAAGCCUCGAGAGUCUCAAGGUCAAGGACAGUCCUAUCAAAAAGCUCAACUUCAAUGUUGAGGAUAAGGAAAACAUGCCCGUUCCCGUCGAGCCCACCGAAUCCAUGGCCAAACCAGAGUCAGAUAUCGAGAAAAAGACUGCUUCAGAGGCAGAGGAGAAGAUUGAGCAGGUUCAGGUCCCCAAGACUCUCAGAGAGCUCGAAGCCGAGGAACCACUGCUACAACAGAACCCUCAUCGCUUUGUCCUCUUUCCUUUGAAGUAUCAUGAGAUAUGGAAUAUGUAUAAGCGUGCAGAGGCCAGCUUCUGGACGGCAGAAGAAGUUGAUCUCUCCAAAGACCUUCACGACUGGCACAACCGUUUGAACAAUGACGAACGUUACUUCAUCUCUCACGUCCUCGCCUUCUUUGCUGCAUCGGACGGCAUUGUCAACGAGAACCUUCUAGAGCGCUUCAGUGCCGAAGUACAAGUGCCGGAAGCCCGUUGCUUCUACGGGUUUCAAGUCAUGAUGGAGAAUAUCCACUCGGAAAUGUACAGCCUUCUCAUUGACACCUAUGUAAAGGACCCCAAAGAGAAGACAUAUCUGUUCGACGCCAUCGACACAAUCCCUUGCAUUCGCAAGAAAGCAGACUGGGCUCUGCGAUGGAUAUCAGACAAAGAGUCGAGCUUUGCCCAACGACUAGUGGCUUUCGCAGCCGUCGAAGGCAUCUUCUUCUCUGGAUCCUUUGCAUCCAUCUUCUGGCUGAAGAGCAAAGGACUGAUGCCCGGCCUCACCUUCUCCAACGAGCUCAUCUCUCGUGACGAGGGCAUGCACACGGACUUUGCGUGCCUUUUGAUGCAACAUCUGCAGCACAAGCCGGACCCACAACUCAUCGAAAACAUUAUAACCGAAGCCGUCAGGAUCGAAAAGGAAUUCCUCACCGAUGCCCUCCCCGUCGCACUGCUCGGCAUGAACUCGAAGCUCAUGUGUCAGUACAUUGAGUUUGUUGCUGACCGUCUGCUCCUUGCCCUGGGCAACAAGAGAUGCUACAACGCGCAGAAUCCAUUCCCAUUCAUGGAGAACAUCUCACUCGCGGGAAAGACCAACUUCUUCGAGAAGCGCGUUGGCGACUAUCAAAAGAGUGGUGUUAUGACUUCAGCCAGCAAGAAGUCCGAAGAGAAGUCCACCUCACCAAAGGAGGAGAAGACGGAAGCCGAAAGCAACGGCAUCAGUUUCGACGAAGACUUUUAGAUCGUAUUGGAUCUUUGACGACGAUUUCUUUUUGCUGUCUGUUCAGGGCGUCUUAUCGGUAAACGGUAAACGAAGGGAGAAAACCUAGAGGGUGUCCCAUCCUUUCUACACUUGUUAUACCCAUUUCAUAUCGGCAUCCGCACUCCGAAAAACAACGUGGCGGCUUCGAAAGGUUCCUCGAGUGAGGAGCGUAUGGCUUUAUCUGUGUUGAACUGUUUUGAUAACGGUCUGUCUCUCCCCCUGUGCAUAGGCCAGCUAGAGAGGGUCUUGUUUUUUUGGUUAAUCAUGAAGAAUUCAUAGCGUGGUGAACUGGGAAGGCUGUACGAAAUACAUACUAGUACUCUGAACUAGAAACGCAAUCACAACUGUAAUUGAUG